AUGACGAAAACAGUUGCACUAGUGUCCACACAACCCCCUUCCCUCCAAAUGUCGUUAAAGUCGAUACAUACUUUACGCCGAUGUUGUCGGCCUCUAACCACAACUACAAGAGGCACAAAUACUGUCCAGGAGGUUAGUCAAAAUAAACUAGUCAUUCCUUCCAACUCGACAGUUUUCUCCAUGAUUCAACCAACGGGACGAAUUCAUUUGGGUAAUUAUUUGGGUGCAGUUAAAAGUUGGAGGACCUUGUCGGAAUCAAACACUGAUCCUACCAAUAAAUUCAUAUAUGGCAUAGCUGAUUUGCAUGCUAUCACUAUCCCCAAGGAUCCCAUAGAGUUUAAAGAGUAUCGGUAUGCAGCCAUUGCGAGCUUAAUAGCCAGUGGAUUAGACACAUCCAAAUGUACACUAUUUUUCCAAAGCAGUGUGCCCGAACAUUCUGAGUUGAAUUGGUACCUCACUUGUAUGACAAGCAUGGGGGCCUUGAAUAGAAUGACGCAAUGGAAACUGAAGGCACAACAACUGGAUGACAGUUCGAUAUUGGAGGAUAAUGUGUUGGAAAAGACCAAAGCAGGGUUAUUUUGCUAUCCGGCUUUACAGGCAGCAGAUAUCUUGUUAUAUAAAUCAACGCAUGUUCCAGUUGGUGACGAUCAAUCCCAGCAUUUAGAAUUGUGUCGAAACAUUGCUAAAACAUUUAAUAGUACUUAUAAGACCAAUGUUUUUCCUCUUCCGAAAACACUCUUGACUCCAGCAAAAAAGAUCUUGUCACUUAAAAACCCAAAGAAGAAAAUGUCGAAAUCAGAUCCCAUUGCAACUUCUUGUGUGUAUGUGACAGACUCUCCAGAAGACAUUCAACUAAAAAUCAGAAAGGCAACAACUGAUUCCGUACAAGGGUCGAUAUAUUAUGACCCAAUUGAGCGACCAGGUGUAUCCAACUUGAUAAACAUUGUUUCAGGUAUUUCCAAUAAGCCUGUCGAUGAAGUGGUUAAGGAUAUGUCUGAUUUUGUUGACCAUAAGCAAUUAAAGGACUAUGUCACUGAAGUUAUUAUUAGUGAAUUUGACGACAAAAGACAAUUGUAUGAAGAGUUAAUGAAAGAUAAGGCAUACUUGGAUACUAUUUGUUCUCAAGGAAGAGACAAAGCCAGAGAGAUGGCGCUGGUUAACUUGCACCAAGUGAAACAAAUCAUAGGUAUGGAUUAG